UAGAAAGAAAGAGAGAGAAGAAACAGAGACAAGAAGAAAAACAGAGAGCAAAAGAAAUGAAGCAAGGUAUAGUCCUUCAUCAAUGGCUUGUUCUGUUCUCUCUCAUUGACAUGUUCUGCUCAAGCCAGUCUCUCACCCAUGAUUACGGCCAAGCUCUCUCUAAGAGUCUUCUCUACUUUGAGGCCCAACGUUCAGGUCACUUGCCCCAUAACCAACGGGUCACUUGGCGUCUUCACUCUGCCCUCAACGAUGGCCUGGAACAAGGAGUGGACUUAGUAGGAGGAUACUAUGACGCAGGCGACAAUGUGAAAUUUGGUCUACCUAUGGCUUUUACCGUGACAAUGCUCUCUUGGAGUGUCCUAGAAUAUGGUAAAGACAUGGCUGAGGCCGGAGAGUACGUUCACGCGCUGGAAGCCAUCAAGUGGGGGACGGAUUACUUCAUUAAAGCUCAUACUCACCCUAAUGUCUUGUGGGCCGAGGUGGGCGACGGCCACACGGACCACUACUGCUGGCAGAGACCAGAGGACAUGACUACAUCUCGUCAAGCCUUCAAGGUGGACGAGAACAAGCCUGGAUCAGACAUAGCCGGAGAGACAGCGGCCGCCAUGGCUGCAGCUUCCCUGGUAUUUAGAGAAACCAAUCCACAUUAUUCUCACCUACUUCUAUACCAUGCACAACAGUUGUUUGAGUUUGGUGACAAGUACAGAGGAAAAUAUGAUGACAGUAUUGGAGUGGCUAAAGGAUACUACACCUCAGUGAGUGGUUAUAUGGAUGAGUUACUAUGGGCAGCUUUGUGGCUAUACAAAGCCACAAAUAAAGAUCAUUAUUUGGAGUACGUUUUGAAUAAUGCUUAUGCUUUUGGAGGGGUGACUUGGACCAUGGAAGAAUUUAGUUGGGAUGUCAAGUAUGUUGGCGUUCAAAUCAUUGCUUCCAUGUUACUAAUGGAAGAAAGGCACAAGAUCAAAUACAGGCACGUGGUCGAAGAGUACCGUUCAAAAGGGGAGCAUUACAUAUGCGCCUGCCUAAAUAAAAACAAUUUGACUAAUGUGCGACGCACCCCAGGAGGCUUACUGUACACCCGCCAAUGGAACAACAUGCAGUACGUCUCAAACGCUGCGUUUUUGCUUACUGUCUACUCAGAUUACCUAACAACCACCGGUAAGAUGCUUCAUUGCCAAAAUGGGCUUGUGGGCCCAAAUGAAAUCUUCACCUUUGCAAAAUCACAGAUUGAUUACAUCUUGGGGUCUAAUCCAAUGGCUGUGAGCUACUUUGUUGGUUAUAGUGCACAGUACCCUCAAAGGGUCCACCAUAGAGGAGCAUCUAUUGAUUCUUAUAAGAAAACUAAGGGAUUUAUAGGGUGCACGGAGGGGUAUGAUAGUUGGUAUGGUCGCCGUGAGCCUAACCCCAAUGUGUUGAUUGGGGCCCUGGUUGGUGGGCCAGACAGUAAUGACCAGUUCAGAGAUGAGAGGUCAAAUUAUAUUCAGACUGAGGCAUGUACUUACAACACUGCACCUUUAGUUGGGCUUUUUGCUAAAUUGAGUAGGCUAGAAGUUGAAAAUUUGUCUCUUAAUGCUCAUUUAAUUGCUUCUACCUAGAGGGAUUUUUUUUUUAUUAUUAUUAUUAUUAACAAUAUUCACCAUAUGUGUCGAUACUUGACACUUCAUACUAAAAAAUAUUCAAUAGAAUUUUUUCUUUUUGAUUGGGAAAGAUAUACAAGAGAUAAGUGUAUGUGUCAAAUUUUUGGCAAGCAUAAAUUGUCUUUCCUUAGUAGAGAAAAUUUGUGGAAUCUAUUUUCAAACAAUCCAAAAGCAACAAAGUUGUAACUAUGUCUCCUUUUUUAUUAGGUCCUCUUCUUCUUAACUUUAUGAAUAUUAGUAGAUCUUGUAACUAUAUUGUCUAUAAUGUGACUAAGUGGGCCUUUACCCACCAGAUGUAUGGUUGUAUUCCAGUCUUCUCUAUGUUGGAGAACCUCUUUUGUAAUGACCGCGAGGUCUAAUUAUCUUAUGUUAUUUAAUGCAUUAAUACACUUAUUUUCAAAAAAAAAAAAAAAAAAAAAAAAAGCAACAAA